UUUCUUAUUACCUCCCCUAUCUCCAGUUCCGGAUCCCGCACUUUAUAUUCAGCUCCCCCGAGCUUCCACAAAUCCUACCUAACCCACAGCGUAAGUGUAAUCUAACCCACUGCCGUUCUUCGCUAGCAGCUCGAACAUCCCUUUGCCUAGUCCCUGCUCCUAUCUAGCUGUGGUGGAGCGCGUUCAACACUCCUUGCGAGUCGGAGUGCCCCCCAUUACAGGCAUAGCUCACUAGCAUCGCUCAUCCCUUCCCGGUGACGAGGCUUGCAUAAGCUGUUUAGCAGCGUCUUCUUGUCUUCCUUUUUUUAUUUUUUAAAGAUUCUCGUUCGCGUUUCAUUUCUCGAGUUUUGCAUCCCUGUCCUAUCACGUUCUGUUCUUCCCAGCAAUAAUAAAACCGUACUCGGAUAUUUCCUCUCAACAUUAGGCUGAUCUGGAGGUAGUCUAAACGCCGUUUGAUGCACGCCCUGACCUCCCACUAAGCUCUUAAUUGGGUCCCACGGCCGCAGGAUUCAGGCUCCUUAUUCUCCAGGUGCAUCACCGCACCUUCGGUCCAUGUUUUGCUCUGCUUCCCUGAUGUGGCAGCGCUUGAAUUGUUUCCUCCCAAUUAUCCGUCACCCAUUCAAUAUCAGCCUCGGGGCACUCGUUCAAUCCCGUACCUGUUGAAUUCUUAUCUUUGUUCGAUUGGCUAAUCUGGGCGAGCUUGUUUCCCGGAGACAUUGACCGGGGCGCAACCAGUCUGUGGCAGCUCCUCCCUUUUGGCACUUCCUCAACGUACAUUUAUUUUUCACCACUUUCCUUCCCUCUGGCAAGUUUUCACUAGGCAAGCCCAUUCAACGAUUUAGCAGCAGCCAGUCAGCCUUUGUUGCGUUAAGUCCGCGAGACGCAGUGCAGAUAUUUCUAAUCUCGACGCCGUUCCGCUUUCUCCUCCCUUCGCUCAUUCUAAUGGCUCGCUGAGUUAAAAGACCGUUCAUUUCAUGAUCCAUGGCUCUGUAAUCCUAUUCGUUUAUGGGAGCGACUUUCCGCGUGCUCUGGACAGUACGGUUCAAAACAAAAACCGAAUAUCAAAGAAAUUCCUGCAGUGAUGACCCAUGAGAUUGUUGUGAGCGCUUGUUAGAAGUGAUGGCCACCGACACCGAGUCCCAGUACAUUUCUGGGGCGUACGAUUUUCCUUCAAGGAUGCGGUCCCGUUCGAGACGCAGGACCGCCUCGCGGCAUCGUAAGGACGCUUCGUCCCCUAUUCCGUCCUCCCCACCAUCGCCGCCGGCUCGUAGUCCGGCUAUCGAUGACGAUGCCUCCGAUCACGAUGAGCUGUCGCCGCUCGAUCCCCGCAGGUUCACCCCAACGCUGCAUGCAUCACUAGUGUCGGAGAUUCUUUCUCUACGGCGAGAGGUGGAGAGUAAAUCCAAAGUGAUUGACGAUCUGGAACAGAGUCUGCACGAGUCCCGGAUAGAAAAUGAGGACCUUAGCGAAAAGCUGUCGCAGAGUACGAAAGAAAUACGGUCCGUCAAGCACCAGAUACAACUCUUGGAGGGUGGGACAUCAUCUGCACUCACAGAGCUGGCGAAAGAGCGGGACCAGGCCCUGGAGAAUAUUGCGGACGUUCGUAAGAAAUUAGAUCAGGCCCAGAGGAAGGCUCGGGCCCAGGAAGAAGAUCUCAAGGCUACCCAGCUGAUUUGGAAUCAAGAAAAAGAAGCCUGGGAAGAAGAGCGGAAGAAUCUCGAACGCAAAGUUCAUGUAGUCGAGAGCCGUCUGAAGACUGUGCUCAAUGAGGUGGCUGCUGCUCGAGAAGCCGGUUCGUUCAACACCGUGUCAAACGACUACUCUGUCGAUCCGACAAAAGAACCCGCAGCGAACAGGGAAAGCGACUCUGCGAGCGUUCACUCCAGCAGCCAAGGCCGACAACGGACCAGUAUCACCAGCCUGAGCACCGAUGAUGGUUACGACCGUCAUAACGGCAGGUUCUCCGUGAUGAGCGCUGUCAAUGGACGAGUAGUCAAGAAUAAUACACUCAAUCUUGCUCAGGAGCUGGAAUUUGAUGAGGAGGAUGAGGGAAGAUACGACUCAAUGGACGAUGAACAAGCACCCAUGUCACCCGAUGCCCUCCCAGAAGAGCGACCGGCGUCAGUCAAUUCUCAAGCGUCCUAUGCCUUGUCAUCAAAGGCGAGGAAAAUCCUUGGCCUUUCAUUCGAUGGCAGUUUAGACGGACACGUGCCGCUCGCUUCGUCAGAGCGAGUAUCGGAACAGAGGAAGAGGGUGAGUAUAGUCGCAAGGGCGUUAGACUAUCGUGAUGCGAGCGUUCAAUCCUCUCCUCCUGUGUUGCAGCCUGUGGAGUUUGAUGAGAAGAAGUCCGUCCUAGCGUUUGUCAGCACCGCACCAUCGUCCGCAGUUCAGGCCAGGCCGCCGCCGAUGAAGGAUAUUGGUACUCUAACGUCUGUAAUCGACAUGGUUUCUGCGUCUUGUCAGACAGUUAGUCCACCAAGUCCUCCAGAGACUGAGAGUGAACCUGAUUCUCCAAGGGCGGACCUUGUUCGUGUCACAAUGGCCACAGUGUCCACUCAAACGGAGGAAGUGACAAACGCCGACGGAGAUGCUAAAAAGCCCGGUUUGACUGCGGAUGAACCAGAGUCACCGCGAAUACCCAUCCCGACUAUUGCCAUUCAUCCGCCCGGAUCAGAGCCCUCCUCUCCUCGAGGAAGCGUGGUCUUGCCUCCCCAGACCAAGAGCGUAUCUUGCCAGACGCUCUUCGAGUCGAUUGUUGACUUGCGGUCCGUGGGAAUGCAAACGGAAGAGAUUCGUAUUGACACGCGGCCCGUCAAACUGCCACCAAGCCUCCUACCGUCCGCAAUUCCUGAUUUACCCUUGGGUGCCAGCAGCCAGGAACCUCCAGCCUCGGGCUUUCCUGCGCCGCCACCAAAGUCAGCUCAACGACCGGCUUUUCGAUCAGUUUUCGAAAAGCAGACGAAGGCCUCAAGGGGCAAGUCUCCGAUGGCCGUACAGGCUUAUCCAGGAGAUAAUGACAAUGGUCCUCUGUCGGACGAUUCGAAGCCGGGGAUAUGCCGCCCGUUGCGAUCGAGCAGCCUCUUUGCUGGAUUCGAACAACUGAGCGAUGAAGAGGUAUCGGGUGUUGAAGAAUCUGACAUCUUCACAGACGAAGAGCUUCUCAACCGACCUUUGACCCAUUACACCUUGAAGCGGGGCAAAUUAGUUUCACGGCGCAGCGUCGACGAGAAGGACACGCUCCUGGAGAUAGAUGAGCCCUUAUCUGAUCCCGAAAUAAUGACAAACGACAAUGGCGAGGAAUCUCUAGGGGCAUUCAACAAGGCCAAAUUUGGAUAUUCAAAGUCACGGAGAAGGCAUGACGUAGCCGCUUCUGGCACCAAAGAUCAGGACAUCCGAAGGACCGCCAUGAUUUCCAGAGGGGCAGCUGCUCACCAGAGGACGCAUGCGCGUAGCUCUAGUGAUAUCAGCAAUGACGCCAACAGCGCCGGAUCCAGUAUCGCUCCCCCGUUCCCCGUCCCUGUUCGGCUCAGUUCAAGGAAACAUCCACGUAGUCGGGAUGGCACUCAAAGCCCUACUCCAUCGAAACGCAAAAACGGAUUGGAUUCUCGAAAGUCGUCCAUUGUUCGACGACCGACUGUUCGGCGAACCCGCUCUGCCACAGUCAUAUCGCAGGAGCAGCAUGAAUAUUCCGGGAGUGGGUCCUCUUCUGCGGUGCCAAGUUCGCCGUAUGCCCCAGACAGCCCACCAUAUCCCCCUCUACCUCUUGACGACAUAACUGCACCUAGAUCGAAACGGGCAGGCAGAAGGCCAUCGUACCCAGCUCCUGUUCCUCCGCCCUUCGGUCGUGAUCGGACUGAUUCGACUGCUACUAUGGUGCAACCGACAAGUGUGGUCGAUGCUAUAGCCCAGACUAUGGUUGGGGAGUGGAUGUUCAAGUACGUACGCCGACGGAGAUCUUUCGGGGUCGGUGAGGUACGGGAGAAUUGGGAUGGCAAAGCUCCUGAGGAUGUAUCCGCGAGCCUCGGGGGGAGCGGAGUCAGGCACAAGAGAUGGGUAUGGCUUGCACCGUACGAGCGUGCAAUUAUAUGGAGCAGCAAACAGCCGACAAGCGGUCCGGCAUUGCUAGGAAAGAGUGGCAGGAAAUUUACCAUCAAGUCUGUCCUCGACGUCAAAGACGAUAAUCCCUUACCCAAGGGGUUCCCUCCUCAGAACCAGUUUAAUAGGUCCAUUUUGAUUCUAACUCCCCAAAGAGCAUUGAAAUUCACAGCCAUGAGUUUCGAUCGCCAUUUUGUCUGGCUUACCGCGCUGUCCUUCCUCAGCGAUCCCACGAUGGGCAUGCACGAGCUUGCUGCCCUGCCCCCGGCUCCCCGAGAAGAAUUUCCCGCUCCCAGACAAGCUGCCACGCUGCGGAGGAACCCUAUCCGUGACUCAAUUAGGGUGGCAAAGGGCAAAACUCGGCCAGCUCCCAAGGGCAAGCACUCAUUCAUGUCGCAGCCAGAACCAGUUCCAGAGCUUCCAGCGGAUGAGGAUGAUAACUUGAAUUCUGUGAUGGAUGCAGCUGAUCCGCCAUUUGUGCCAAGAUUCUCCAACCACGCUCGAAAGCGUAGCAGGACUCUGGGGCGACCCCCAACGAUCCGUAGCUUCUCCAGCCAGGCGACGAUGCCAUCGUGGAACAACGCGGGUUCACCCGACGCAUACAGUCCUGUCGGACCUAGCUUCCAUAGCGGUCAGAGCAGCUUGAGUUACCGGCCGUCGGAGGCUAGUGGAGCCUCAAGUCCAGUGCCAGGCCAGGGCACGGGCAAUUUCUUCGAUGCCAUCGGCACCGUACGUAUGGAAGCAUUUAUUGAUCGUACUGAUCUAAUCCGGUAUCACAGUCGAGCGCAACGUCGUUCGCGGCAUUUUAGAAAGCCUUCGAAUUACUGGAACCACGAAAGUCGUCUCGGAAGUUUCGACCUUUCUUCGCACGCCGAUAGUAAUGACAUUUACUAUCGGAGCGAUAGCGGUGCGCAUUGAGUUUCCUGGGAGUCGGGUGUUAACUCUAUUAUUAUAGCCGCGUUACUGGAGCCUUUUUGUUUAACUUUUGCUCCUCCUCUCCUUCCUUGUUUUUCGCCUUUACGGAUCCGGAUAUUUCAUCUUUCACUUAUCAUUUGUUCGAUGGUACAUAUCUACGUCUUUCGGAUUUCUUCGCCGGCAACCCUAGACUUCGAUACUCACCCAUGAAUACCACCUUAAAACAAUCCUUUGUGAUCUACUUGGAGACACAUACUCUUGUCGAAUUUGUUCUUUUCUCUUUGUGGAUACCCUUAUCGCCAGCUCCUUUUCUGUGCUUACAAAAAAAGCGUUUCCUCUUCUUCCGAAAAUGUUUGCGGUGGGGCGUUGUGUGUAUUAUGUGCAUAGGUACAUAGUAGUAUAUAAAAUAUAUGAAUGUCUAAUUGAUCUUUAUUUGACUUCCAGUCGCAGCCAACGAAUGUACAGGUACAUCACUGCAAUGUGCAUAUGGAUACAAAAAAAGAAGAGAAAACUCACCAGUAACAGUCCUCUCACUAGUAAUUUUGGAAAUAACAACAACCUCAUCACCAACUUUUAUAAUAGGACCGUCACCAUCGAUCCAAGCACCACUACCCAAAAACGCGUAACGUCCAAAAAUGGGACUAAAGGGGAUACCCUUAUCGACGCGGCGAUCCCAGAAAUCUUCGUAUGCAGACUCUGCUCCGGAGAUAAAAUGUUCAGGCGGAACUUGUCGCGGAAUUUAUGGUCGGGUACCAACCGCCUCGAGACGUCGUGUAGGGAUGUUUCAGAAACAAUGAGGUAGGGUGCGCAGUCAGCGAAGGAGAUUGUUGGUUUUGACCCAUCUGCAUCUGUAUCUAUGCUCGAGAACCAAGAAGUGAACGCGCGAGGGAUACUGGGGUAACCUCGAUAGUAAUGAUCCUGCAUCUGCACUUCCUUUACCUGUGCCCGGCGCUGCACUCCCCAGAACCUCUCUAGAGUUAUUCCCCAGAUAGGCCAGAAUGACUCUGAACUCGAAACGAUUACUGAACCAGUUAUUGGAGGAAGGUUCGCAUUAUAGGCCUUUGUGGAACUUCUGUGCAUGUCGACGUUAUCUAUCUCUCGCAAACCAUCUGUGGAGGGGGAAAUGGAUAUGCAGGUAGUCGUCUUUAUUCUUAUUAUUAUCCUCGCCUGUUUCAGGAAUGUCCUGUUCCUGCUCCCUAGCAGGAGCAGCAGCAGGAGGUCUAUACGUAACCACGACCGUCCCCUUUUCAGCAUCCAAAUCCGUCAAGAGGAGCGUCAUCUCGAGGAAAUCGGGAACAUGCAUAUUCUUAAGCCUCGCCCCGUCCACGGUUCUGUCAGGCAUUUGCGGUCGUCUCUGUAUUUGCCAUUGUUGCUGGAGUCGUC